UCCGCUGGAAACGACGGCCGCCUUGCCACACUCCAACACGCCGCGGCACGCGCACUACUAACAGAGCUUGCAGUAGACCGAAAUGGCGUUCGCAUCCUCCGUUGAGACCUUGCGGCCAUGCAUGGGGCCUGUAUCGCCCCCUACAGUCACAGCCCCGAAGAGGCGCUCUGGAAGCGCUGGCCCCAACUCCGUCAAGGACCGAACUGUAGUCGUCUUCGACUGGGACGACACGCUGUGCCCCAGCUCCUGGUUGCACGCGCAGGAUCUAUUGCCCAAGUAUCGCGGUCACCAGAUCUCCGUUACGCCUGAACAGCGCGAGGUGCUCUCGCUGAUCGGCGCGCACGUCGCGCGCCUGCUGCAGAAGGCCGUGGCUUACGGUCCUGUGUUCGUCGUGACCGCCGCCGAGUACGGCUGGGUCGAGAUGUCUGCCGCGCUCUACAUGCCGGCCGUUCAAAGUGUGCUGGCGCUCUCCGACGUGCACAUCGUGUCCGCGCGCAGCUGGUACGAACAGAACUUCGGCCUUGGCGGCGACUCGGCUACCUGGAAGCAGGAGGUCAUGCAGCUCAUUGCGCGCAAGUGCUUUGCGGCCGCAGCGCAGGGCGCCGGCGCACGAACGAACAGGGAACCCACUGCCCCGCAAGACGCCUAUUUUAACCUCCUUUCCAUCGGCGACUCGAUGGCAGAACGCGAUGCGUGCUUCGCGGCCGCCCAGAGCGUGUGUCGCACGUUCGCUAAAACGCUCAAGUUUGUCGAGCACCCGAACGCCGAGGAGGUGCUGCAGCAGGUGGAACUAACGCACGACUCGUUCGAGCAAAUGUGCGGUUGGGAUAACAACCUCGACCUGCGGCUGUCUCGCGCCCAGUUAGCCGAACUGCGCGGAUCGCCUAUUUAA